AAGUGACAACGGCAAACUGAGACGGAGUUUUUGGUGGCGACACAGACAAGAGGCGCUUCUGGGUCAUUCACGUGUGAAAUAAUUACAAAACAGCUCUGCGUGAAGUUUGAGGUAGAGAAACUUUCUCGGUGCUAGUAAUUUCGUUCGUGUGUCGGUCCGCUUUUUAUUUAUUUGCAGCUAUUCGGUAACACAUGAAGCGUCAAGACACCGUUAACGAUUGAGAGCACUUGGUGGAGGGAGAGAGAGAGUGGGCGUCCGCGAAUCCGCUUCUUGCCAGGGGUGUAAUCAUUAGUCCAAAACGUUUUGGAACGAAAAUCGUUUAUUCCAAACGGGAAACGGGAGUUUCUCAAUAGGCACAUUUAGGAAGGUCCUUCCCCGUUUCGUUCCAUUUUCUUCCGUUUGGUUUCUAGUGAAUACACACCUGGCAACGGUCCGAAAUCACAAGUGAGACGCUCAAGCUAAACCAAACCUAAUCGAACUGAGACUUAACAUAUGGUUCAAACAGAGGACUUACUUCCCGGGACAGAGAACUCUUUGGAACCGAAGUCAUGAAAGCACAGGUGGCAGAGUAACCGCAGGACAUCGAGUCUUUCCUCCAGACUCUCUCUCUCUCUCUCUCUCUCUCUCUCUCUCUCUCUCUCUCUCUCUCUCUCAUCCAUUUCCCAUACCCGCUUGGCUUCCCUUCUCUGGUUCUCUACCUGCACCUAUAUCCCUCCUUCCUUCCAUCCGGCCAUCCAUCCUUCCUUAAGUCUCCCUCCCUCCGGCGGUCGCUGCCAUCAUGCGCCGGUUCAGCUCCGAGGGGUCCCUAUUGAAUAUGGACUUCCUGCCGUGGAAGAAGGUGGAGCUUAAGGACCAGAACUACCACAGCCGGGACGGGGAGUCAGGCACCUACACCCCCCACCUGGGGGAGGACGAACUGGAUGGGCGAACCACCUCUCUCCCCCCCUCGCCCAUCAUCCUGGAGCCUGAGGCCAGCCCUGGGAGGACACCGGGGAGGGGGGAGCUGGGCAAGGAGCACAGCGUCAGCGUGGAGAACGUCACAGAACUGGGGAGGCCAGAGGGUAAGGGUCAUCUGAGAGUGGUGAACCUCAGCGAAGGAUGCAGGGCGUACAGUGACGGCCAGUUGGCGCCGGCGACUUCGAGUGGCAGCACAGAGAGCGUGGGCAGGCACGACCGGCCUCCGCCAUCUCCCUCGUACUCAACCUUUGACUCCAGCCCCUUUUCCUUCAAGUCACAGCAACGGUCCCACGCCAGAGCCAAGCUGUCAGCAGCCAAGCUACAUCUGAAGAGCCUGUUUGGGCAGAGUCCCCAUUCGUCACACUCCAACCUGUUUAACCCAGAGCAGAAAGAGCAGAAAGACCGUGUUAAAGAGCAGCGGUCCCGCCUCCCGUUCCUUCGCCAAUGGAGUCAGGUGGGCCACAGCAAGGUCAAGUUCAGCCGGGAGGAACUGGAUAAGUGGGCUGAGUCGCUGGACGCCCUCCUGGCUAGUCGGACCGGUGUGUCUGUGUUUGGAGCAUUCCUUCGCUCAGAGUUUAGUGAGGAGAAUCUACAGUUCUAUCUGGCCUGUGAGCAGUACAGAAACUCCUCCAACAACUUCAGCCUGCACAGACGGGCCAAGGAGAUCACUGUCACCUAUAUCGAGGCGGGGGCACCGCGAGAGGUGAACUUGGACAGUAAGACCAGAGAUCUAACCACACAGCUCCUACAGGCCCCAUCACAUACCUCCCUGUCUCACGCCCAGAAACGCAUCUACUCCCUCCUGGAUACAGACUGCUACCCUCGCUUCCUCCAGUCCACCAUCUACCUCACCUUGCUGGGCCAGGCUGACUAGAGACUAAGGACUCCAGUCAAUCCAUAUCGCCGAAGUUCAGCACUUUUUUUCACAAUUUGACAUUUUAAUGGCAAUGUUCCCGCGUUCGCAGAGACUUCAUUUCACGUUAAACGCUAUUUUGUCUCAAUCUCUGAACUUCCACAAUACAAACUGACUGGAGACCUAAAGGCUGCAUCCCUGUGGCUGCAUCCUUAUUCUCCGCACUUCAUCCUUUCUCUCGAAGUGCACACUUUUGUAGAUACGGAGCUGGUGGGGACAGUUGCAGGAGAUACAAUGCAGAGUUAAAGAGGGUUUAAAGGGGUUUAGUCAUUCCAGUAGAUGAUCAGGCUGGUGUUCAUUAGGGCAUGGAACAGAAGCACUUAAAAAAAAAAUGUUUUGCAACAGAAAACAAGAGUGUUUUUUUUUUUAUUGGACAAGUUCAGAUAGUCCCUCCCUGUUUGUCAGUUUUUUUCUUAAUUCGAUGCCUAAUGAACAUGACCCAGGUUUUUGUUCUGCUUGGGGUGUGAAAGGGGUUCAGGGAGGUAAAAAGCAGGGAAAGGGGUUUGGAUGGAAGGAGCGAAUGGAUAAACUGAGGUUAUGAGACAGGGGUCUGUUUUUUCCAUGACUUAGAGAGGUGCAACCCGAGGUGGCGUGAAACUAUGCAGAUCUCAAUGUUUGUAAUCAUUAAACAUCCUCUUUUUAACUCGAUAGGUCCCCCACGGUCCAAUGGGCACGUACGGAAUAGCGCCAACAGAAAGGAAAAAACACAGCCAAGAUCAGAGCUCUAGUUAAAGAACUUUGAGUUAGUUACAUGCAGUGCCUUCAGAAAGUAUUCAUACCCCUGUCUCUCUCUCUCUCCCUCUCUCUCUCUGUCUCUGUCUCUCUCUCUGUCUCUCUCUCAAAUUCAAAUUCAAGCUGCUUUAUUGGCAUGAAAAACAUUGUGUCAAUAUUGCCAAAGCAACAAUGAAUAUAAUAUACAUUGUAACAAAAUUAUAAAUGAUAGCAAAUAUAAAAUGGUCGUAAAUAAUAAUACAAAAUUAAAUACAAUUCUAUUCUCUCUGUCUGUCUCUCUCACUCUGUCUCUCUCUCCUCUCUCUCUGUCUCUCUCUCUCUGUCUCUCUCUCUGUCUCUCUCUCCUCUCUCUCUCUGUCUCUCUCUCCUCUCUCUCUCUUUGUCUGUCUCUCUGUCUGUCUCUCUCUGUUUUUUUCCAUACGUAUUCACACACCUGAGUCAAUACUUUGUAGAAGCACCUUUGGCACCUCCUCUGUGUAAAUCUCUAAUAGUUUUCCACACCUGGAUUGUGCAACAUUUGUCCAUUUAUUCUUUUAAAAAUUCUUCAAGCUCUGUCAUCCUUGCUAGACAAUCAUUUAAGUCUUGCCGUAGAUUUAAGUCAAAACUGUAACUCGGCUAUUCAAGAACAUACACUGUGGCUUGGUAAGUAACUCCAGUUUAGAUUUGGCCUUCUGUUUUAUGUUAUUAUCCUGCUGAAAGGUGAAUUCAUCUCCCAGUGUCUAGUGGAAAGCAGACUGAACAAGGUUUUCCUCUAGGAUUUUGUCUGUGCUUAGCUCGAUUCCAUUUCUUUUUUAUCCUGAAAAACUCCACAAUCCUUAAUGAUUACAAGCAUACCCAUAACAUGAUGCAGCAACCACUUUGCUGGAGAGUUUAUCCCAAACAUAUCACUUUGUAUUCCGAACAAAAAGUUAUUUUCAUUUUGUCAAUUAGGUUAGUUUUGUGGAGUAACAUCAAUGUUGUUGACCCAUCCUCAGUUUUCUCCUAUUACAGCCAUUAUACUCUGUAACUGUUUUUAAAGUCACCAUUGGCCUCAUAGUGAAAUCAGUGAGAGGUUUCCUUCCUCUCCAGCAACUGAGUUCGGUAGGACACCUGUAUCUUUGUAGUGACUGGGUGUAUUGAUACACCAUCUAAAGUGUAUUUUAACAACUCCACCAUACUCAAACGGAUAUUCAAUGUCUGAGUAAAAAAAAAAAUGAACCCAUCUACCAAUAGGUGCUGUUUGAGGCAUUGAAAAACCUCCCUGGUCUUUGUGAUUGAAUCUGUUUGAAAUUCACUGCUCGACAGAGGGACCUUACAGGUAUGUGUGGGGUACAGAGAUGAGGUAGUCAUUUAUAAAAUGUUAGUCCCUACUUGGGUACAAAGUUAUGUGACUUCUUAAGCACAUUUUUACUCCAGAACCUAUUUAGGCUUUUCCAUAACAAAAGGGUUGAAUACUUAUUAACUAAAGACAUUUCAGCUUUUCAUGUGUAAUUCGUUUUUAAAAAACAUAAUUCCAUUAUGUUUAUGGGGUAUUUUGUCAGUGGCCAGUGACAAUUUUUUCCAUUUUUUUUUUUUCAAAUCUUAAUUGAAUCAUUUUGAAAUGUCAGGCUCUAACAACAAAAUGUGGGAGAGUCAAGGUGUGAAUACAUUCUGAAGGUGCCGUUUUGUGUGUCGUGUUUAUAGUGUAUAGUGUGUAGUGCAAUUGAAGCCCAACGCAGUUCACACUGAUAGAGGCCAGUUCAAGGAAGUAGCCUUUUUAAAGACUCUGGGGGGGGGGGGGGAGCAGUUUCCUUCAAAUACAUCCCUCAGAUGAAUGAUUUUAUUAACACAUCAACACAGAUCAUUUGUUGCUAGAUCGUAAAUCAUUUGGCACUACUAGAUCAUUCAAAAGCUGUAUCGCUUCCAAGUAGGCCAUCUCACAGUAACGUUGUACCCAAGUAGGGAAUGCCCAUCAGGCCUUGGCAAACAAGGUUGGUUUGAUGCUGUUCUUUAUAUGACUGCAGUGUUCUGAACAGUAUAUGACAACAGACUCCAUUUAAUCGUGGGAAACCAAGAGAGACAGAGAGAAACCUUUACACUUCAUGCUACAUUUGUAAAUAUUUUAAACAGAAAUCUGAAGAGAAUCCAACAGAUAAACAAAGGAUAUAUGAUUUAUUUCAAGUGUAUCAUUUGUUUGUACUGAACCUCAUGUGAAAUGUUGGUUGUCAGACUGUUUUAAAGAAAAAUAAAUCCAGAUUUUUGUACAUAU